UCCGUCCGCGCCGCCUCCCUUUACGCCCUUAUUUUACUCGAGGGUUCGUGCCCCCUGAUUCAGAUGAGGAUUUGGGUUUGACGACCGCUCAUCGGAUUCGAGUUGCAGGUUUCAAGGGGCAGAAGCAACCUCGCCACAUAACUGCCUAAUCCCAAUUUCAGCUGCGAAUUGCAGGUACCUAAAAUCUAAUGAAGAGUCCAGAGAGAAUGCCAAAGCGACCCUACGAAGGGCGCGUUGGCAAGAAGGUCAAGCGUCGCCGUCGUCACCUUUAUGUUGUCAUGAAGGACGAGGACGGUAGAUGCGGUAUCCACAAAUUUGAUUUAUCUACGAAUCUGUUGGACGAUGGCCACCCAGUUGUGGAGGUUCUACCGCCCGCUCUCAACCAUUUCGAUUCUCCCUCGAGGGGAUUCUUUGUGGCCUUCGGCACCAAGAUCAUGGUAUUCCAUUCAAAAUCGGACAAGAUCGGCCCCCCUUUCUUUGAUGUUAGCACUCACAACAUGGGUCAGGGUCCUCGGACCAGGUCACGUCUUUCUCAACCCAUAUAUCUGCCGGUUUGUGACAAGCUUGUUGCUCUGGAUGGCAACCACUCGGAGCUUCUUUAUCUUCCUCCACUGGAAGGGAAAUGGUUGCGGUGUAAGCUCCCAAACCUUUCCUUCAACCUCCAAGACAUUAUCUCUCACGCUGUGCACCCUGACGGCCGGACCAUCUUUGUCAGCUUCAAGAGUUACUCAUCCACCGCCACAUUUUCCCUUGAUACUGGGUCGGAUCAUGCUAGGUGGAGGUUUCAUGGCAUGUGGGGGCUGCCGUUCACAGGUCGUGCUCACUUUGUCCCAGGGCUCAACGCCUGGGUUGGGCUUUCUGGUGAUCAGGACACGCUUGGCCACCUUUGCUCCUGUGAUGUCGUGUCCACUGAUCCUGAUUCCAGCAACAAGCAUUCCCCACCACCAUGGAAGCUUGGUAAGGAGAAACUGUUCUGCAAGAAAUCAUUCGAGGAACACGUAGGAGCCAACCUUUUGUACCUGGGAGUCGAAACCAAUUUCUGCCUUCUGCAUUAUUUCAGUGUUAAAGAUGAUGAUUGCAUGCCGCAUUUGCUUUGAUUGCUUACUUUCUCUGUCAAGUAUGAUAAGAAUGGAGACAUCUGGACCUGCCGAAUUCUAGAGUCUAGCGUGAAUGGUGCAAGGUGGACCAAAUCACGUCGCCGGCGCAGAUGCUACAAGCUUCCUAGCGCAGCAACGAUUCUCGAUCCUGCCCUGCAGGUUCCUGUGGCAUUCUGGAUGUAGCAAGAAUCUUUGCUUAGGUUGUUCAGUUAUACAUUGUUAUGUCAAGUUAUCUGUAGGGUGAUGUAUGCUGUCCCUAUUUAUUAUGAACUUCUGUAAUAUUAAAUCCACUAUUCUGUCAUUUUAGAACUCUA